AUGGUAUUUGAAGAUGAUCCAAAGGAUGCUAGGCACGAAGCUCUCGUCAGCCUGCUCAAUAAACUGACGCAGUUCUACAAACUUCCGCCGAUCGAGUUCGAGCAACGACGCACGGUUAACGCGGAGCACAUAAAAACGCUGAAGAUCAACAAAAAGUGGUACCUGUCCCAGAUCAAGCGCGGUACGACGAUGUAA